AACUUUCGUAUUCUAUGCUAAUCCUCCUAAACGUAAGAACCAAACUUUAGCAAGAAUUUGAAGCUAAUUGCCAGAAAGCUAUCCACUUCAAAAUUAUAUAGUCAAUUAUUUGCCAGUUUUCAUAACCCGGUAACAUGAUGGCAAACGGGCUUUUCUGGUCCACAUUCACAGCAAUGUUUCUUUCGGCCUAUAGCCUAACAGCAUCAGCUCAGAACUAUCGAAUGUGCGAUGGGAAUCGAACUGGUACUUUUGCAGACCCUUCUGACUGUCGAUUUUUCAUUUUCUGUCUUAAUGGCCAGCCCAAACGUUACCAGUGCCACAAUCAAAAAAUAUAUUCAACCAAAACGAAAACCUGUGUGUCUGCAAGCGAAGCCAUUGGAGAAUGCACCAGUGUGUUCAAACGAACGACUGAAGUUAGUAACCCAGAAGAAUAUUGCCGUAACAAUCCAAAUGCAUUCCUGCCGCAUCCCGACAGCUGCGCCCUCUUCUACAACUGUAGUCAAACAAGAAGGGUCCAGUUGUUUCUUGACAAUUAUGUAAACGAAUGUCCUUACAUGCAAUUGUUCUCUGAGAAAACCCUAAGCUGCCAACAUUAUAGCAGAGUCCGGUGCGACCAAAGAAAAGAACCGAAGGAUGUGUGUGAUUAUAGACGUUUCUGGUGCGGUAGUGCCCAUUGUGUCCCGUGCUUUAUAAGAUACCCGAGCUGCAACGGCAAACCCAACGGUAGGAACGCAAUUCCUCACCUUCGGUGGGCUUCUUCUUUCAUUGUGUGCCAAGAUGACCGACUAUUAACGUCAGCUGAGUGUCCAUCAAGGAACGGAAGACCGACUGUUUUUUCUCCUAAUCAAAGGAAUUGUGUUAGUGUAUAUUCUAUGCCUUCACUCUUUGGUCGAAAACCUAUUUCCUGCUCAAACAAACAAAAUGGAUUCUAUGCAGACGUUUCAAGUUGCAACCGUUUCUAUGAGUGCUCAAACCAAAAAAUUAUUAACAAAUUCACUUGCCAAUCAAACAUGAUCUUUGAUGCACAGAUAUCGACAUGUAUCCACCCAGAACAAAGUUGCUCUAAAUGUGGCACAAAAGCCAAUUGCUGAGAUUUUUCUUAAAAUGCCAUACAUGAGACUAUAUAGCACAUUGUAUAUGUUUAGAAACCAAACACAUACAAAAAGACUAUUAAACCUUAAAUUCUUUCAUUUUCCCAAUUAAAAUUCAAAGAUAUAUAUAUAUAUAUA